GCUAAUUUAUUUGAUAAUAACUUCGAUUAUGUUUUACAAUUUUGAAAGAUACCAGCUUUUUGUGGACCUAGAACAGCAAGGCGUGCCCCCCAUUCUGACUUUAUCCAUCCUUAACUUAGGAACAUAUAAGCCACACGACCUUGAGUUCGUUCUGCUAGCUUCCUUCCUUAGCUAUCAAAUUGCGUAACUUGACCAUAUCUCCCUUUUCAUUUGCACACCUUCCCCCUCAUUUCGCACAGGCACCAACGGUCAACUCAUUUCAUCUACUCACCUUUUUCAGCCGUCAAACACAACCUACCAAUAUUAUAUAAAUAAACUAACCCUUCAUAAACACAACACUUAGAACAAACACCACCAUCUUUUGAUUCACAUCCUAUUCAACCCCUUUUGUUCCAAACUCACUCUACUCAAUCCCUUCAGUUUCUCACAGGGAAAAAACUCAUCUUUUUCUAUUAUGGCUACUGGUGGAUGUAGCAGGGGACCUGUGAAGGUUGUCAUAAUCAACACCCAAUACGUUCAAACCGAUGCCACCAGCUUCAAAUCUGUUGUGCAGAAGCUUACGGGUAAAGAUUCCGACACUUACGGAGCAAAGGUCGACAGAAAUAGACACGACAAAGGUGGAACGAAGAGGUCGUUUUUGAUGAGAGAUGUGUCGUUUAAGGAGUUCGAUAGGUUACUCCGAGAGAUGCCACCCAUAAACGACCUCUUGCGCUGAAUAAACCACUUAGUUAUCUUCUGCGCGCAGGUGUAUGUAUAUAACAUACAUUUCUUUGUAUCUGAUUUAUUGAUUUGAUUUUUCAGAGUACACCAUACAUACAUAUACGUACAUUUAUUGUUUUGAUAUCGUUGGACGGGCGUAUAUACGUAUUUACAGCUUGUGAGCCUGUAUUUGUUCGUUUAAUAAUUUUAACAUUGUUUCGGUAUA